AUGACGAUUCCCGGAGUUUUUGCGUUUGGGGACUCAAUUGUCGAUCAAGGGAAUAACAACGCGAUUAGCACGCUGGUUAAGUGCAAUUUUUUGCCUUACGGUAAAGACUUUGAAGGUGGAGUCGCCACGGGGAGGUUCGGGAAUGGAAAGACGCCGCCGGACUUUAUAGCCAAAGAGCUGGGAAUUAAAGAACUGAUACCAGCCUAUCUUGACCCCAAACUCAAGCCUCAAGAUUUAUCAACUGGUGUGAGCUUCGCGUCUGGCGGAAGCGGAUACGACCCUCAAACAUCUCAACUCGCGUCAGUGACACCAAUAUCCACUCAACUGAAUCAAUUCAAGGAGUACAUUACAAAGCUCAAAGCUGUAGUUGGUGAAGAAAAGGCAAAAUACAUAUUAAGCAACAGCAUCUAUCUUGUGGUGGCAGGCAGUGAUGAUGUUGCCAACACCUAUUUCACAAUCGGCACACGACGCGUGCAAUACGAUGUCUCUUCGUACGCUGAUUUCCUUGUUUCCUCUGCUUCCAGUUUUAUACAGGACAUAUACAAGCUUGGUGCAAGAAGAAUAGCCGUUUUCGGUGUCCCACCAGUCGGCUGCUUGCCGGCUCAGAGAACACUUGCCGGUGGCUCCAUAAGGUUCUGUGCCGAGCUGUACAAUCAGGCUGCACAAAUCGUUAACGCCAAACUCUCGACUGCACUUGAUUCCCUCACCGGAGCUCUGCCUCAGUCGAGUGUGGUUUACAUCGACAUUUAUAACCCUCUUCUUGAUCUCAUCAUGUACCCUCAAAAAUACGGAUUUGAAGUUAGUGAGAAAGGAUGUUGCGGGACCGGAGACAUAGAAGCAGUUAUAUUGUGCAACAAAUACAGCGGAACUUGUGCGGAUGCUUCUAAGUACGUAUUCUGGGACAGCUAUCACCCGACCGAGAGGGCGUACAAGGUUCUUCUUGAUCAAAUCAUUCAGAAAUACAUAAACAAGUUCGUGUGA